AAGACCCAGCUAGACAAAGCUUUGACUGGGAUGAUCUAGUUAGGGAUGGUGCUGCUUUGAGCAGGGGGUUAGACUAGAUGACCUCCUGAGGUCUCUUCCAACACUGAUUUUCUAUUAUUCUAGUGCAUAGAACUUGUUUUUGACCCCAGUUGCCUUUGUAAUGCUCUUGUCAAAAAGAUCCUAUUUGCUCAAUUUUUACAUUGGUGUUGUACGAUUGUUCUGUUCAAUCCUAGAAAAGCCUGCCAUUGUUGCCUGCAUGAGAGAAGUUGCCCCUGCAAAUGUCUACAACGUAGAUGCAUGAUUCUAUUCUCUAUUAUUUCAUAAUGGGUUAACCAAUCUCUAAACCAAUUUCUGGCUUUGCAGUUUGUAUGCUCCAGAAAUUAUUUCAAUGGUAACAUAGCCUUUCUUGAGACUUAGUUUAAUUUCAAAGUGUCCUUUACUUUCACUGGCCGAUUCCUGCAUAUUUUUCCCUCAGGCUGUGGGGAAGACCUACUAUCUUGUAUUUACAGAUACUUAUAUAGAAGAUGCAGAGAAGAUAUUUUAGUUUUUCUUUGUUUUAGUCUUUAAAAAUGCCAUUCCAGUUUGUGUGGUUGCCUGACACUUUGAGUGUUGACACUUUUAUCUGCCUUAUUAAUAUCUUUAGUAUGUUAAGGGUUUGAAGUUGGAAAUGGAAAUAUGGUAGUCUUGAAGUUCAGUGUCUUGCUAUUCUAAACUUGUAGAGUUUUGACUGAGUUAUGGGCCAAGAAAAAUGACCUUUUUUAUAAGCACAGUAAAGUUUUCAGUUAUAUAAAAUUUCCAGCAGUAUUCCAACUCCUGCCAGGUUGAAAUGUGCAUAUCUCUGGGCCUUGCUGAGGCUCUUGAGGUUACUGCAGAAUGCAUCUGUGGACUUACAGCUCUUCUCAGGACUCGAGCUACAGGAUUGUUUCUCCAGAGGGGAGAAGAUAUGGGGGUUGGAGAGAGGAGCCAAAACUCAAUUUUCCACGUUCAGCAAUUUCAUAACAACUAUUAACCAAAAGAAAGAAGUCACUGAAAGCAGUAGUUCACCUACACAGCCUGUUAUGCCCAACAUCAAAAAUGUGAGAGAGCUUCCUCCAAUUUGCCUUGACGUUAGGCAAAAACAACGCAUCUCGAUAGAAACACUACCGCAGGAACUGAAAGCUCCAGUCCCUCCAGAACCUUCCCUUCCUGUACGAACCAAAACUGUGAAAGAUUUCCAGGAGGAUAUGGAAAAAGCUAAGUCAUCAGGGGAUUGGAAAGCUGUACUUGACUUUUAUUCAACAACUUUUGAUUCUUUCCUGGAGAUAAAUGCUGCAUUUAAGAACGAUGCUAAUGCCCCAUUUGAUACCAUUGAAGAUUCUGGAAUCAAUGCUAAAUUUGUGAAUGUUGUUUACGAUGCCUUACUAAAUACCCCUCAAGAUGUUCAGAAAUCAGUCCUAAAGGGAAUAAUUAAUGGUUUGCUACAGGAGUGGAAGGGGCCCCGAACAAAGGAUGAUCUUAGAGCAUACUUUAUACUUCUACAGAAUCCUCAGUUUAGUAACACAUCAACAUAUGUCAUCUAUGCUCACUUGCUAAGACAGACAGCAGCCUUGGCAGAAGCUGACCAUCACUUUCUAGUUCAUUGGUUUAAAAAGAUUUCACAGAAACGGUUCAAGCAGUUGAUGGACAGGUUGCUGCAAUUCAUUUCUUUACGUCUGUUUCCUGCAAAACCUGAAGAAUUUCCACCCAUGAUAAAAUGUACCUGGUGGAUUCCAUCGGCAACCAAAGUCUUGUCUUUGUUUAAUGCUGCAAAUAGUUUAGCUAGUCCUCCUAUUAUUUCAUAUACGGAUUUCUACAAUUCCACACUGGAUCAUAUUGAUCUAAUGGAAGAAUAUCAUAACUGGCAGUGCUAUGGAAAUUCUCACAGGUUUUCCUUCUGUCAGUACCCAUUCAUCAUUUCUAUAGCAGCAAAAAAAGUUAUUAUUCAGAGGGAUUCAGAACAGCAGAUGAUAAGCAUAGCACGUCAAAGUCUUGUGGACAAAGUCUCUCGCAGGCAGAAACCUGACAUGAAUAUGUUAUUCCUAAAUGUGAAAGUGAGGAGAACACACCUUGUUAGUGACUCGCUUGAUGAGCUGACAAGGAAGAGAGCAGAUUUAAAAAAGAAGUUGAAAGUUACAUUUGUAGGGGAGGCUGGACUUGAUAUGGGUGGUCUGACAAAAGAAUGGUUUCUUCUCCUGAUUCGCCAGAUCUUUCACCCAGACUAUGGUAUGUUUACAUAUCACAAGGAUUCACACUGUCAUUGGUUUAGCAGCUUUAAAUGUGAAAACUACUCUGAAUUCCGAUUGGUUGGAGCUCUUAUGGGACUCGCUGUAUAUAAUAGUAUUACCUUGGAUAUUCGCUUCCCACCCUGCUGUUACAAGAAACUGUUGAGUCCUCCCAUUGUUCCUUGUGAUCAAAAUACUCCUGUAGGCAUCUGUGAUGUUACAUUAGAUGACCUGUAUCAGAUUAUGCCUGAGUUAGCUCAUGGACUAAGUGAACUCCUAUCCUAUGAAGGCAAUGUUGAAGAAGAUUUCUAUUCAACCUUCCAGGUUUUUCAAGAAGAAUUUGGAGCCAUAAAAUCUUAUAACCUAAAACCAAAUGGUGAUAAAGUUCCAGUUACAAAUCGGAAUAGAAAAGAAUAUGUGCAGUUCUAUGUUGACUUCCUUCUCAACAAAUCAAUCUACAAACAGUUUGCAGCAUUCUAUUAUGGAUUUCAUAGCGUCUGUGCUUCUUAUGCAUUGAUGUUGCUUCGUCCAGAAGAGGUUGAAAUUCUUGUUUGUGGAAGCCCUGAACUGGACAUGCAUGCUCUACAGAAAAGCACCCAGUAUGAGGGAUACCAGAAAACUGAUCUUACUAUAAGAUACUUCUGGGAGGUAGUUCUAGGAUUUCCACUUGACCUUCAAAAGAAGCUGCUUCAUUUUGCUACUGGAAGUGACAGAGUACCUGUGGGAGGGAUGGCAGAUUUGAAUUUCAAGAUUUCAAAGAGUGAAACAUCCACUAACUGGUUACCUGUGGCCCAUACCUGCUUCAACCAGCUUUGCCUCCCUCCUUACAAGAACAAAAAGGAACUGAAGCAGAAGCUGACAAUUGGAAUUUCAAAUGCAGAAGGUUUUGGUCUAGAAUAAAAUGAAAGACUUUACAAAAAAAAAAAAAACAGCAUUUUUAUGUAGCACUCACUUUCCUCUACUUGUGCCUUUAAGCUUUUCAUGUUUCUGUCUCUUGAUACUAUGCCAGUCUUACCCAACUUGGAACACUGAAAUUUUUUAAUUAAAUUUAAAAAGCAUUCAUUUUUGCUGUAUGACAAUACACUUACUGCUUGCUUUGGCACAGAGAAUAAUUUUAAUAAAAUAUAGAAAGCUGAUUUACUUGAGAGAAAAAAUCUGACAGAGGUGACAAAUUGAAGGUUAUAGUUUUAUCUUUGGUUAUUCAUAAUAGCACUUUACUCUUAAUUUACAUCAUGCAUGUUCCACUGGGAAAAGAAACAUAAAAGAGUUUGUUAGUUAAGCCCAGUGGUGGGAUGUUUUCAAUCACUACACAUAGUAGCAAAGCACAUAACUGCCAUUAACAUGAAGUAUGUGGCCAUAUUUUCAUAGGGGCAAAUAGCAAUUUUAGUGUAGAUAAAAUGUAUACAGUUUUAAUAUUCUAGUUUUAAUUUCAAAAAAAUUAAGCUGGAUGUUUUAAGAAGCAUGUAAAUAAAUGCCUCUGAAAGAAUAGGGUUUUGAUAGUGCCAUUUACUGCUAAAGAUUUAUUUUUACAAAAUAUGGGGGUUUAGAUGUUAUAUAUUCAGCUUUUACAGAUCAACAGGCUUGAUUAUAUAGGAAUGUCUAUGGUAAAAUUUUAAAAAUUUAAGUUGAUUCAAGGCAGACUAUUAGUAUUAAAUAAAUAAGCUGCAUGUUCUUUCCGUGAAAUUGGCAGAAAACUAGUCAGUUUCAUUUUAGUUUUGUAACCACAGAUUACAUAAAGCAAUUGGAUGAAGAAAGGAAGUUUAACUCAUUUACUCACUUCAGAGAUAACUUAUUUCCACAAUGCAUGGAAAAAUUGUACACUGUGCUCCACUGUCAUUGAAUCAACAAUUUUAUGUUGGAAAUGUUUUAGUAAUAUUUAAAGAAGCUCUGACAAAAGUGAAUACAAUAACAUUUUAUUAAAAUGCUGUAGCUUUCAUUUAACUUGAAGGUCAGAAUUUAGACAAUGUUUUGGGGUUUUUUUCACUGCACGUAUUGAAGUAAAUGCCAGGUUACUCACGUUUUGAAUGUUUUAGCUAAUACAGUGGUGGAGAGAGACUUUUUUUGGCAUAAUUAUAAGUCUAUAUUUAUUCAUAAGUUAAGACAGUUUAUCAGCAUGCGGCAUAGUGUUUGUAUAUUUUUAUAUAAAGAAAUAUCUAUUGCGUGUUCUAUUUUUUUUAACAGAACUAAAACCCAGAUCCUCAAGGGUAAUCAGGCAUCCAACUCCCAUUACAAACAACAUUGUUUAAACAGAUUUAGAAUUUAUCUUUUAGCAUCAAAUUUCUUUGUCUGUUGCAUCAAUAUAGUGUUAUAAAUAAUUGGAAGUAAGUGCCUGAUUGCUUUUGAUAAUCUGGGCAUGCGUUGCUUAUUUGCAAUAACAGUAAAAUGAUUUAGAUUAACUUUUUUAUUUUUAUUUUUUUUUACUUUCUAUACUGCUUGCACACAACCAGCAUA